UCCAGUUUUCCUACUCGAUCUGCAAUCCAGCAGCUCUUCACCUUCUCAACUCCUCUCUCUUUUUUUGAGUCUUAACUUUGCUGCAGACAUGGCUACAGCUGGUAAGGUCAUCAAGUGCAAGGCAGCAGUGGCCUGGGAGCCCAACAAGCCUCUGGUGAUUGAGGAGAUUGAAGUGGCUCCACCUCAGGCCAACGAGGUCCGCAUCAAGAUUGUGGCAACUGGGGUGUGCCACACAGACCUGUACCACUUGUUUGAGGGUAAGAAUAAGGAUGGGUUCCCAGCAGUCCUUGGCCAUGAGGGAGGUGGCAUCAUAGAAAGCGUUGGUCCAGGUGUCACCGAAUUUCAGCCAGGAGACAAAGUCAUCCCUCUGUUCAUCUCUCAGUGUGGAGAUUGUCGCUUCUGUAAGAGUCCAAAGACCAACCAGUGUGAACAUGGAUGGGCUGCUGAUCGUUACGAUGUGAUGUCAUCAGUAGACUCCAGGUUUACCUGUAGGGGGAAGAAGAUUCUGCAGUUUAUGGGAACCAGCACCUUCUCAGAGUACACUGUGAUGAACCAGAUUGCUGUGGCCAAGAUUGAUCCUGCAGCUCCCCUGGACAAAGUCUGUCUCCUCGGCUGUGGGGUCUGCACUGGAUAUGGAGCAGCAGUUAAUACUGCUCAGGUUGAACCAGGAUCCACAUGCGCUGUGUUCGGUCUGGGAGCUGUGGGUCUGGCUGCAGUCAUGGGCUGCUAUGUUGCAGGAGCAAAGAGGAUUAUAGCUAUUGACAUCAAUCCAGAGAAGUUCGAGAAGGCCAGGGUCUUUGGCGCUAACGAGUUUGUGAACCCCAAAGAUCACAAUAAACCCAUCAAUGAAGUGCUGUCUGAGAUGACCAAUGGGGGAGUGGACUACUCCCUGGAAUGCUGCGGCAAUGUGGGAGUCAUGCGCAGUGCUUUGGAGGCUUGUGUCAAAGGUUGGGGUGUUGCUGUAAUCGUUGGCUGGACAGACAUGCAUGACUUUGCUGCCCGUCCCAUUCAGCUCAUCGCUGGACGUACAUGGAAGGGAUCCCUGUUUGGAGGAUUUAAGAGUAAGGACGGUGUGCCCGAGAUGGUCAAAGCCUACCUGAACAAGAAGAUAAAGCUGGAUGAGUUCGUCACUCACAACAUGACCUUGGCCCAGGUCAACAACGCCAUUGAACUGAUGAAACAUGGCAAAUGCAUCCGGACAGUUCUGAGUGUUGCUCCACAAUAGGACCGUCGUGCUGCUUUCAUUGAUGGUUCAGCUCAGAUCCAAGAUCAUUCAGAUCAUGCCAAAUAUAUCCUCAAAACAAUCUUUUGUGGAUUGUAUGCAAAUUGUGAUUGGAAUAAUCAUGAUUGUCAUCAUUCCUAUAAGCAAGAGCUAAAGAACCCAAGCAAAAUAAACAAUCUAAACUAUC